AUGAAAUAAUAAACAUAUUAAAGUAGCGUGAUACAAUUAGCAGCCCAAAGCUCUGAAAGAAUAAAGAAAUAUAUCAAUUCUAAUCAUAAUUCAAGCUUUGUGAAAAGUAUUAGAAGUGGAAGCAUUCCAUUAUUAAAUCCUGAAUUACAUGAAUUUGUUAAUCGAACCCAUGAUCCCAAUCCUCCAAUUUAUAAUAAACGAUAUAAGCCUGCUAAAAUAAGAGCAUAGGAAGCUUAAGAAGAAUUUAAUAAUAAUCAUCUUCAGGCUGGGCCAUACAAUUGCUUCCCUAAAAACAUGAGAAAUGAAAUCUUGGCUGCUGAAUAAAUGCCUAUGAGAUAUGGUAAGAACCCAAGAACAGAGAAUGAAAGGCUUUAAGAAAAACUGGAAAAUACUUCAAUUAUAGAUCAUUCAUUCAGAAAUGUAACAAUGAUCUCGAAACCUAACUGGAAAGCUACUAUGAAAGAGAAAUGGAUGAGUCAAGAUACAUUUAAGUCAUAAUCUGCAAAUUUCAAUUCUAAACAAGCUUGGAGUUAGAUACCUUAUCGCAAUCCAGAGGAUAAUUUUAUUUAUCUUGAAUAAGAGAAUUCUCAAAUUGAUUUUAAAAGGUUCCGAUAGUAAGAAUUAGAAGCAUCAGGAAAGUUGCCUUUUAAUCCUGUAAUAAAGAAAAACCCUUACACCACAUAUUCCACAAGCCUACGUACAUUUAAAUAAGAUGAAGCAUUUGGCAUAUAAGAAAAAACUAUGUUCUCGCAAAACACUUAAUUAAAAUAUUAUAAAAGCGCCCUUGUUUCAACAAAAUCAGUAGAUCAUCUAAUGCCUUACAAUCAUAGUAAUAAUAUCCAAGCUCUAAAAAACAUUUUUCCGAAUGCUGAAAAAUAAUAUCCCAAAUAAAAAGAUAUAAAUCAGAAACUCUAGAUUUAAUCUAAAGAUGAAUUUCCUAAACUUCAUUAAGAUUAGCCAUCUCCAAUUCACGAAUAAUCAUAACCAGAAUAUAUUAUAAAGACAAAUUUCGAAAAAACCAGUGUUCCCUUAAAAAAAGUAUACAAACCAUUUAAACCUUAUUCUGAAGAUGAAGCCAAAUAAAUAGUGGAUAAAUAUUUUUGCAAAUAAUCGUUUUGA